UGGGAACGGAAUAACCAUGGCAUUUCCAUUAUGGACACAGGAAGUAAGCAUAGGGACCGCGUAGCCAUAGUUGCCAUUUCCAUUUGGAAGUUCAACCCCUCUACCUGUGCAUCUUUUACAGCCAUGUAUAUGCACACUGCACUCUUUGUCUCUCUCAGUUUGGUCUUUUUCUGUUCUCGCUCUGUUACUGAUGAGCUGAUGCUAUAUAUAAAAAGAGGGACGGAGAGAGUAACCGCACCUCCGCACCUCGUCCCAACUACUGACUGAACCCCAUACCUUCUCCUUCCCAAUCUCUUUUCUCUCAACCGACCAGGGAAAGGAAAGUAGUAUAAAGAGCCCCCCACCAUUGCUGCCUUUCACUUCAUUCCAACUACUCUUUUCUGAAUAAGAGAGAAGUUCCACUGGCAUCACUUACUUCCCCUACUUGGGAAAGACUAGAUACAUACAUAUCUAUCUGAAGACACAAGCUGCAGCGGCAUGUCUCUGUUUGUUCUUCUUUGCUUGCUGCAUACUAAGUGAUCGAGCCUCGUGAGAGGACAGAGGGAGAAACACUUGAAUCAUCCCUUACGCCCCCGUUAUAAUUGGCUGCCAUAUAAGGAUGGUGGAGUCUAUGGCUGUCGUGGUGAUCAGGGGGUACGACGCGCAGCGGGACCGACCUCCUCGGCGAUCCCCUCUGCCGUGUCCGUCGCUCCCCCUCCUUCCUCAUGCUGUAAGUUUGCGUAUGCGAAGAAGCACAAUCAUAAUGUUAAUAAAGAUGGCGGAGAUGGUCAGCGGGCCGGAGAAGGAGAUCGUUGGGCUUGUCCACGGGUGCAUCGCACCGUGGCCCGAGGCAACCCUCUUGCCUUGUUAUUACCCUCACCUUCGAAGCACCACACCGCCCCCAUCUAUGCGAAGGUGGACCUCCGCGGCUCCGCCUGUUGCCGGUGACUCUCACCACACGUUAAUCUUCCCCAUCACACUAAUCACUGUCAUUAAUACUAAUCUAAUCGAGUGACAUCCUUGGCGAAGGGGGCUCGCACUGAAGCUGGUGUAGCGGAUGGAGGAGUGGUCUAAGGAGAAGGGGGCGGGGUACGCGUACAUGACGCCAGAAGAGGACAACUAAUCGUCUUUCCGCCUCUUCUCUAGGCGGUGCGGUUACUCCAAGUUCCACACCCCCGCCAUCCCGGUGCACCCCGUGUUAGCCCCAACCGCCUUCCCCUUCCCCCACGCGUCGCCAUCCUCCGCCUCACCCCCGCCGAUGCCCAGGCCCUGUACCGCCGCCGCUUCGCCGCCACCGAGUUCUUCCCCUGCGACAUCGACACCGUCCUCACCAACCCGCCCUCCCUGGGCACCUUCCUCGUCGUUCCUCCUUCCCUCGUGAUCCCGUGAACACGCACACGUGAACGACCGUGCGUGGGCCCUGUCCCGCAGUUCCCGUGAUCCCUCCCAUCCGUGAACUCCGUAACGACGUGGGGGAUUGUACCUCAGGUUAAUCUAAUCUAAUAUAAUCGAGUGGCA